AGAAGACACGCGAUGGAAAGCGUAAAUAUUUACAUUUCUUGAGUGUUUGUGGGAGUAAUUUUUAUUUAUAAUCAUGAUAGACGGAAACAUUUCCAUGGAGGAGGAUACAGAAUUACGGGAUUUGGUGGUGCAGACCCUCGAGAAUAAUGGUGUUCUUGCAAAAGUGCGGGCAGAACUGAGAGCAAGUGUGUUCUUAGCUCUAGAAGAACAAGAAUCAGUAAUGAAUCCAGAACCGCUCCUCAAUAAAUCUGUAAAACAGUACCUGGCUAACUCAGAAGGAAAAUUAUUGUUUUCCUUGGUUAGGGAGUUCCUAGAAUAUUUUGGUCUCGAUUAUACAAUAUCUGUGUAUGAUCCAGAGACAUACUUUGGAAAAGAAUAUAAUUAUGUUGGAAGAAAUAAAUUAUGUGAAGAAUUAGGUAUUGAAUCUAAUGAACCAUUACUUGGAGAAAUUUUAAAAAAUAGCAUGAAUAGUGCCUUUAAUAACACACAAAAGAAUGAAACUAACAAUAGCAGGCUUAAUAAAACAGAUGAAAGUGCAACAAAUAUUGCAAAUGCAACAUUUGAAAUUUCCAUUCCAAAGGUAUUACAUAAAGAAACAGCAUCAUUAUCAAAUAAUAAUGAUAUUUCGGAUAAAUUGCAGAGUGUUUCGUUACAAAGCCCAAAACUUCCGAUAAAUGUGACAAUAACAGAUAAGAAAAGUAAAGAAAUGUCUUUUGACAAUGUUUCAAUAGAUCAAUCAAAUUUUGAAAUACAAAAUGACUCUCUCAGGAAAAGUAUAAUUUCUGGAAGCUCAGAAAAGGACAAUGGAAUUGAUAGUAAAGGGAACAAUAAUAUGCAUUUUGAUACACUCUCUGUAAGUCCGAAUGGCACAACUACAGUGAUGAAUCACAUGAUACAGGAGACUGAAAUAGAUACGCCCAUCCAAACAAAUUUACUAAAUAAAACCGAGCCUUUAAUUAAGUUUGAUGAAUCUAUAGUUACUGAAUUGCAAACAAAUCAAAAUGAAGAUAUAAGUAAGCAAAAUAAUAUAAAUAGUUUGGAAUUACAAAUAGCAAAUAACGUACAAAAUAAGAAGUCAGUUAAUACUGGGAAUAGUUUUGGGAAAACUGUAUACUUUGAAGAAAUUAUUGUUGAUGGGAAAAGAGAAAAUAUCAAUACUAUACAUAAUACUGAAUCCUUUUUACAAGAUUUACCAUCUUUAGAUAAGAAAUCUCAUUCUAUACUUAGUGAUCUCCCACCAUUAAAUGGCAAAAAGACUAAUAUUAAUGAUCUGAAGGAAUUGAUGGAUAUCGGGCUUGGAACCGAUGGAGUUGAUAAUUAUGAAGAAGAUUUCAUUUCGUAUGCAUCUGGCAGUGCUUAUGAUCAAAGUCCUACUAAAGAACCUGACAGAUCAAAUAGCCCAAUAAAAUUGCAAACAAAAAAACAAGACAAAACUCAAAGUGUGCAUAGUGAAGAUAUAAGUGAAGAAAUUGAAGAAAUUGACGAUAUAUUGAGCAGUACUUCAUGUCUAGAAGACAUAAAUCUGGAUAAAAAUAUAUCAAAUUUUGCAACAGGUAUUACAACAAAUUGUGCAAAAGAAUUAUAAUCGAAAACUAUAACUACAGAUAUUUCUUUCUGCAAGUAUUUCAAGAUGUUAUUUUUUUCGUAACUUUGAUACUUGAUAUCCUAUGCUGAGGUAUUAAGUAUGUUACUGCAAACUAUGAUGGACACAAACUUGCAGAAUUAUUUUGGUUUUUGACA